GACACAGCGUCGACGCUCGUCGUGGCCUUCGCGUGAGCAACUCGACGUUCCGCCACGCCGCGGACGAUCGCGCGCGCCGCGUUCGCCGUCGCUAGGACGCCGUAGGAUCCACCCAUGGCCAUCAUCAUCGGCAUCACGAACAAGGGCCUCGUCGCCGCGGCGGCGGCGGCGGCGGCGGCGGCGCUGGUCAUCCAGCGCCUCUGGCGCCGGCGCAAGGACGUCACGGGCCGCCACGACGCGCGCGUCAUGGUCGUGCUCGGCGCCCAGUGGGGCGACGAGGGCAAGGGCAAGCUCGUCGACGUGCUCGCGGGCCGCGCGGACCUCGUGUGCCGGUUCAACGGAGGGGCCAACGCGGGCCACACGCUCGAGGUCGACGGCAAGAAGUACGCGUUCCACCUCCUGCCCUGCGGCAUGCUCCGGGACACGUGCGUCAACGUCAUCGGCAACGGCGUCGUCGUCCACGUGCCGACGCUCUUCGAGGAGCUCAAGCAAUUAGGGGACGACUCGUCGCUCGAGAAGUUGGUCAUCUCGUCGCGCGCGCACGUGCUCCUCGACGGGCACCGCGUCAUCGACGGCAUGCUCGAGGCCGAGAAGGCGGGCAAGGGCGGCGCGCUGGGGACGACGAAGCGGGGCAUCGGGCCCUGCUACGCGUCGAAGGCGAACCGCAACGGCCUCCGCUUCUGCGACCUCGUCGGCGACGACGCGGGCCUCGUGGCGAAGCUGGCCGCCAUGCGCGCCUUCCAGGCGCUCCACUACGCCGGCGCCGCGCCGCCGACGGUCGCCGACGACGACGCGGAGCUGGCCGCGCUCCGGGGCUUCCGGGACCGGCUCGUUGCGCGCGGGUCCGUCCGCGACACCGUGACGUACAUGGCCGACGCCUACGACGGCGGCAAGAUCGUCCUCGCCGAGGGCGCGAACGCGGCGCUGCUCGACCCGGACUUCGGGACCUACCCCUUCGUCACGUCUUCCACCACCACCGUCGGCGGUGUCUGCACGGGUCUGGGCAUCCCGCCGUCCAAGGUCGACUGCGUGUUAGGCGUCGUCAAGGCCUACACGACGCGCGUCGGCGCGGGCCCCUUCCCCUCGGAGCUCGAUUGUGCAGUUGAGGGCUCCCCGGGCCACCACCUCCAGAACGUCGGCCACGAGUACGGCACGACGACCGGACGGAAGCGGCGCUGCGGCUGGCUCGACGUGCCCCUCCUGCGCUACUCCCACGCGCUCAACGGCUACGACUCGCUGAACCUCACGAAGCUGGACGUGCUCACGGGCCUCACAACGCUCAAGCUCGGCGUCGACUACGUCGUCGACGGCGCGACGCUGCCCCGGGGCUACAUGCCGCCGGGCCUCGACGAGCUCGCCAAGGUCGAGCUCGACUAUCUCGAGUUCCCGGGCUGGACCGAGGACAUCAGCGGCUGCGCAUCCUUCGCCGACCUGCCACCGAACGCGCGCGCGUACGUCCGCGCCAUCGAGGCCCACGUCGGCGUGCCCAUCUCCUGGGUCGGCGUCGGGCCGGGCCGGGACGACAUGUUCAUCAUGCCCGGCGUCCACUAGGGCGCCGCCCCGAACACCCCCAAGCACGAUCGCCCGAACAACCUAAGCGCCCCCCCCU